GGCGGAGCGGCUGCAACGCCCCUUGCUGCCCGUGGCGUGUGUGGGGCCGUCGGGCGCGCAGGAGGCGGCAGCGGGGCCAUGGCGGGCUACGGCUUCUACCGGGCGGUGAUCUUCGCGGCCAUGUACGGCGGCUACUGCCUCUACUACUUCAACAGGAAGACCUUCGCCUUCGUGCUGCCCGCCCUCAUGCGCGACGUGCCGCUCGCCAAGGACGACCUCGGCCUGAUCACCAGCAGCCAGUCCGCGGCCUACGCCAUCAGCAAGUUCAUCAGCGGAGUCCUUUCGGACCAGAUCAGCGCCCGCUGGCUCUUCUCGUGCGGCCUGCUGCUGGUGGGCCUCGUCAACGUGCUCUUCUCCUGGAGCUCCAGCGUGGCCGUCUUUGCGGGGCUCUGGUUCCUCAACGGGCUGGCCCAAGGCCUGGGCUGGCCUCCCUGCGGGAAGGUGCUGCGCAAGUGGUUUGAACCUUCCCAGUUUGGGACUUGGUGGGCGGUCCUUUCCACCAGCAUGAACCUGGCCGGAGGGCUGGGCCCCAUUGUGGCUGCUCUGAUGGCCCUGAGCUACGACUGGCGCACAACGCUGGCUCUCUCUGGCUCGAGCUGCGUGGCUGCCUCCUUGGUGUGCCUGCUUCUCAUUAAGAACGAGCCCUCCGAUGUGGGGCUGCCCAACAUUGAGCCAGGGCCCAAGAAAGGGAAGAAAGGUGAGUGCGUGCAGGGGGGCUCCUCAUCAGACAGCACCCUGGCCGAGCUGCUGCUCUCCCCCUACCUCUGGGUCCUCUCAACGGGCUACCUGGUUGUCUUUGGGGUCAAGACGUGCUGCACGGACUGGGGGCAGCUCUUCCUCAUCCAGGAGAGAGGGCAGUCGACAUUUGUGGGAAGCUCGUACAUGAGUGCCUUGGAGGUCGGGGGCCUGGUGGGCAGCAUUGCAGCCGGCUAUCUCUCCGACCGAGCCGUGGCCCGGGUGGGCCUAUCACAGCACGGGAACCCUCGACACACGCUUCUCCUCUCCAUGAUGGCAGGCAUGUCCGCUUCCAUGUACCUCUUCCGGGUCACAGUCACUGGCAGCUCUCCCAAGGAAAGCAGCUCUUGGAUUCUUGCUCUCCACCCUCUUGCUAUCCUUGUGGGCUUAACGGAACAUGAGUUAUGGAUUCUGAUCUUGGGAGCUGUUUUUGGAUUUUGUUCUUACGGGCCAAUUGCACUGUUUGGCGUCAUAGCCAAUGAAAGCGCCCCGUCCAACCUGUGUGGAACGUCACAUGCUAUUGUUGCUCUCAUGGCCAAUGUGGGAGGCUUCCUGGCCGGACUGCCCUUCAGCACCAUUGCCAAGCACUACAGCUGGGGCACAGCCUUCUGGGUUGCAGAAAUGACGUGCUCGGCCAGCACCGUGGCCUUUUUCUUCCUGAGGAACAUCCGCACCAAGAUGGGCCGCGUGCCAAAGAAGGUGGACUGAAACCCAGGAGUGUCACAGCAGCUGCGGAAGAGGACAGGCCAGGAGUCAGCUUUGGACACUUCCUAAAACCCUUGGCAAAGGCCCACUGCAGCCUUGUGGCUUGAGCCAUUCAUCCCAGGUGGACCUGAUUAACCGGCAACAGCCAAGCAGUGGCAGCACCAUUGGCAGCCCAGAACCCACCAACCAACCUUUGCCCUCACUACAGGAAUGGUGGCAGGUGAGCAGAACUGCACCCACCCCCACCUGCAAGCUGCGUGAGCAACAGGGAAGGAUGGAUUCACUCACUACCUCAUUUUCCAUAGUGGUAUAUGGUUGUCUUCUAAGACUGCCUGUGUGCUUCAGAGAAAUGCAACUGAGCUUAGGGAAGGAUUGCCAAACACGUCUAGUGCUAGGACAGUGUAUCAACGCUACGCCUGUGGGAUAUUUGCACGUCAUGCAGCCUUAGAAGCAAAACUACUAUCACCAACCUCUCCUCCCCCGGACAUCUGUCUCUCUGGUAGUGAAACAAUGCAGCACCCAGCAGUUUGGUAGCUCCUAUUAGGAGAACAUCUUGCACUGAGAGUUGAGAUGGUUCCCAAUCAGUUCCCUGUAAUGGUGUGUGUCCACUGACAAAUAAACGGUGCAGCAGAA